AUGCAGUUUUGCUUUUGUUAUCUUUGCCGGCAGAACCCAAAUUAUCAUCCUGCUCUGGAGUCCUCAGUCUUGAGACCGACUGGCUGGCUCUGCUCAAAAAUCGACAGCGCGCACUGCCAAUUUUCAGGAUCGACCUCCAUUCCUCCAUUCUUGACCCGCGAGUCUGGUGAUAAUGUGAUGGUUCUGAAAGUGAAAAAAACGCACAAGCAUAGCCAAGAUCUAACAGUCUUGCAUAAUCGCCCCAUACCAAGUACAAUACUACAAACUACAAACCUGCCUCGCCUUCUCUGCCUUGCUGGAUAUCCGAUACAGUAG